AAAGAAUUCAGGUCUUCUAUGUUGACCUUAAGGUUACUUGCAAAAUUUUUAGGCUUUAUAACAUUUCUGCCAUAUCAGUCUGUCAACAAACUUCCAGAUGAAGUGCACUCUGCCUAUGUGAAUAUAAGAAAUAAAAGUGUUCCUUCCUGUAAUAUUCUGAAUUAUUUGAAAGAAGCAUCUACAAGAGGCCGCCUGUGCUUAACCAUUCCAUGGGUUGUAGAAUUUUUGAGUUGGAUUGAUAAAUUGUCACCCUUACUUGAUUAUUAUCAGGAAAUAAUUCAUGAACUGCUCUACAUUCAUCGGAAAUCUUGGUACAAUUUGAAAGCGAAAAUAUGUCUUGAAACUCAAUUAUUUAUUAUUAUUCAGAUUGAAUGGCUUUUAGGGAUUCCAAAUAUGCCUGAAGGAAUAUUUUUUACAUUCUGUGAAAAGUCUGAAGUGUGUGAAAUUCCUGAGAAAUGUUUGGACAAGAUGAAUGUUGUGGACCAGUCACUAUUGCAUACAUGCUGUCCUUAUUUAGGUUCUAUAAAGACUCUUUUAUUAGAUUUUGCAAUAGGAUCCAGUUCUAAAGCCAGCACUCUUAGAAAAAUUACUCCCAUAGCUGCUGAUGAUUCUGUUGAAUUUUCUUCUAGGCAUCAAUUACAGCUUCAACUUGAAGAUAACUUCUUUCAUAAUCACCCAACAUCUUUAAAGAAAACUGUUGACUUUAUAGCUAAAAGAAUGGUCUCUAACUUCAUCAAGUUAUUUAGAAGUCGAAAACUGGAGAGUUUACUUCAGCAGAGCAGGAAUACAUUUACUGAAACUGUGGAGCAGUGCGUUGACCCUGCAAAUAUUCCAGAAUUUAAUUAUGAAGAUGUUGAUGAUUUAAGUAAGGAUUUUAUGCAAGGUGUUCAAAAGUGUUUGAAAGAUGAAAUGAGAAGCUAUGUGGAGAGUAAUGGCAGGAAGGUGAUUCAGGUGCUUUUGGUGGAUUAUAAUGAAACUGUCAAGCUGUUCUCACUUAAAAUUAUUGUUCGCCUGGCUGAAGAAGGUAUUCACCAAUGGAUAGCUGCUAAUAUUACAAAAGCUUUCUUUAUUGGUGAAAUGAGACAGGAAAGAAAUAAACUUUUGAAAAAUACUAAAGUACUCAUGGAAAAGUUAUCUUUACCUGAAACACAUGAUUCUUUCUGUCGGCAGCCAUCUGAAAUUCUUGUAGAAUUUAAGGACUUCCUCCGUGAUAUAUUGUUAGAAGAAUCAAAACCAAAUCUCGAAAAAAUAACAACAACUCUACAUGAAGCUCAGAAAAUGAUAUUAAGUCGACAGGACAUAACUGUUGGUGUUGUGAAAACCUUAAAAGACAUAACAUUGUAUUUGGCCAUUGAACUCAUUAUUAACUAUCCUGUAGACUGGGGUGAAGUAAAGAAACUGUUCUUCGAUUUUUGGAACAAUCACCUUCGAGAUAAGAAUUCAGAACUUGCACUCGAUUAUGGUAAAUUAGAAAGGUUGUUGUACAAAUCUCCUAAAAAACAGUUAUCUCAGUUUCAUCUUAAAAACCUGAGUGCAGUAAUAUUAGGACUCCCUGCCAGCUCGUAUAUUGUUGAUGAAUUAUGAGGAACCUGGUUUUGAAAAGUGUAAAUACCAAAUAUGAUUGUUAAUGAAAUGGCUCUGCAAAAUAAACUUGCAGUAAUUUGGUUCUGUGGUAGAAUUUUAACAAAAUUUUAUUAAAUCUAAAAAACUUUUUUUAUAUUGGAACUCAAACUUUAAAUUGUUCCUUCGGAUGAAAAGAAAUUUUGAUUUUCUCCUGUUUAGCAGUGUUUGUGAUUAUAUUCUAUAUUUUUAUACUUUUUCCAAAAAAAUACCCUAUUUUACACAGUGGAAUACUCAUAUACAAAUGGUUAUGGAGAAAAUUAAAUCCGCAUUAUGUGCUAGAAUUUGAUUAACAAGCCACAAACAUGUGAAACUUGGAGAAUGUAUACAAAUGGUAUACUAAAUGAACAUAUUAUAUUGUGAACAGUUUCUCUGAAAAAAGUUAUAAUCUGUCAGUCAACUGACAUUUGAACAAAAAGUGUUUGGAACAAUAUUUACGAACGAUUUGUUAACAUCCUUGUAUACAUUUCAUAUAGUUUAUAAAUUUCUAUAUUUUUUAUGGAAAAUAAUAA